AGCCAGCCGCCGCACCGCCGCGCCGCGGAGCAUGAAGUGCGCCAAGCUCGCAGCUCGCGAGUGCGUAUCCGCGUGUUCGCUGUGGUUACCUCGUCGGCCUUAGCGCGACAGCCGAGCCGACAGCCGAGGCGACAGCCCUCUAAUUUCAAAAUCCACAGACGCAGCCACGUCUAUUGGCGAGCGUUUUGUCAGACUAGCAGGACCCACAGGACACCAUGGCCCCCGUCGUCGAGAAGGUCUGCGAGCCCGUGAUGCUGGGCGAGGGCCCGCACUGGGACGCGCCCACGCAGACCCUCUACUACGUGGACAUCGAGGGCAAGAAGCUCUUCAAGUACGUGCCAGCCACCAAGACCCGCACCGCCGUCACCCUCGAUGACCUGAUCGGCUUCGCGCUGCCCGUGGAGGGCCGCCCCAACGUGUUCGUGGCGGGCCUCAAGAAGCGCAUCGUCCUGGCCACGUGGGACGGCAAGUCCGAGACGCCCGAGCUCGUCGAGAACCUGCUGGAGGUGCAGCGCGACGUCAAGAUUGACGAGCUGAGGAUCAACGACGGCAAGGCCGACCCCAGCGGCCGCGUCUGGGCCGGCACCAUGUCCAAGGUGGAGGUGGGCAUGAGCGACGGCGUGCUGUUCUACGUGGAGGGCGGCAAGCACCACGUCAGGCAGACGCAGGUGGGCCUCUCCAACGGGCUGGCCUGGACGCAGGACUGCAAGACCAUGUACUACGUGGACUCGCUCAAGAGGACGGUGGACGUCAUGAGCGUGGAGCCCGCCAGCGGCCAGAUUUCAAACCGCCGGCCGCUGUUCGACCUGGCCAAGAACAACGUGGAGGGCUUCCCCGACGGCAUGACCAUCGACCUGGAGGGCAAGCUGUGGGUCGCUGUCUACGGCGGCGCCAAGGUGCUGCGCAUCAACCCCGACGACGGCAGCCUCAUGACCACCGUGGACAUCCCCGCGGCCGAGGUGACCUCGGUGGCGUUCGGCGGCGCCAACCUGGACGAGCUCUACGUGACCACCGCCGCCAUGAGGGUCACCAAGGAGCUGCGGGAGAAGAUGCCCGACGCGGGCGCCCUGUUCCGCGUCACCGGCCUCGGCGUCAGGGGCUACCCCGGGCGCGCCGCCAAGCUGUAGGCCUCGCUGCAGGCCCUUGGCUGCUACCCCCACCCCUUCCAUUCCGAACGCGCUCCCGCGUCUCGGGAUAGCCUGCCGUAUGUCCAUAUUGGACGAGACUCCAUGACGACCAACGCGUUUUUCGUGAUUCGCUUUCUGUUGAAUCACGCCUUGACGAUUCGUGUUCUCGGACAUUGUUUUUGUUGUUACCACGUUAGUUUCGCAAGUGUAUAUUUUUGUACUCGAAGUUUGUUAUGGUGUUGUACAGUUUGUAAAUAAAAUUGACUGAUUUAAAAAGAAA